AUGAAUAUUAGUGAUAGUGUGUGUCUGAAUACAUGUAGGCACUUUACACUAAAGCACUGUCGAUGUGUCUUUGUUAUUAAUGUGUUUCAUGAAAAAUGUGUUUAUAUACAGAAACUGGCCAGGCCUGCAAAGGUGAAUGUCACUGACCCAACUGGCAGCCCUAGUGUCGUCAGUAUUGCCAGACAGCCGGUACCAUUGCAUGACCAAACAAGACGUGCAGUUAUUAGAGUUUAUUCCAGCUCUAAAUUUUCAGAGUCCAGUUUGAAUCCUGCCAGUGAUCAUUGGGAUCAGGGGGAUAGAAAACAUGUAUCUUCUAUGACAUUGGUCCAGAUGAACUCAGGCAACACUGGUGCUGAACUUUCAGUGGCUGCAAACGUGCAGCGUUCUAAUUCUUUAAUUAUAAAACACCUCAAUUCAAAUCCAACUUUAAUGGGGUUGGAUAUGGGGCCAGUCAUGUCACCGAAGAGUGUUACAAUAGAAAGUGAUCAUCUGUGUCACAGUUCUAAAGAGGACUUUAUUUGUCAUGCUGCCAGUGAAUGCAGCAAUGGCACUGACAUUAGAUAUAUGUUUUCAGAGACUGGGUACGCUGCAACAGCUUCACAGCAGACUCUGGAACCUGUGGACUCAGACAUGGUAUCUACAAAUACCUGUCAGACACCUGCUCAUAUCCUCGAAAACUUGAGCAGUUUUAGAACUCAUUUUCCUCAGCGUGUUGGCCGGCCACAAAUAGGCAUUGCAGCAGUGAUAAAAUCAAAAGUCGGCCUGAGGCAGGACGGUGCGGCUCAGGAAACAAUCAAGUUUCAGUCACCAGAGCUGCUCAAACUGGUUGGUAUUACACCAGCGACAUCAGCACCUCAUUCUGAUGAAUUCAGUUACACCAAAGUUGAUCGUGUACCCUUACAGAUGCAAGAUAACUCCAACCAAAAAGAACCAUUAUCAUCUUCUAAUGUCACUGAAUGGGUACAUGUAAGCAUUUCACAACCAGAAACACCUGGCCCAAAAACUUUGGACGAAUCUAUAGAUGAAAAAUGGAAAGAGGUCAGAAACUUCUUGCGCAGUCCAGAGUAUGAACCACCAGUUAAGCGAAGGAAACAAGCAG